AUGGGCGCGCGGCCGUAGGCAGCAAACAGUGUAGUGACGCUGCGCUUUCCCAGCAUUCAGUGGGGCAAAAGUUAUCAUGGCGGAUACCAGAGAAAAAGCGCUUCAAGAUUACAGGAAAAAAUUACUUGAACAUAAAGAAGUUGACGGCCGAUUAAAAGAAUUGAGAGAACAGCUGAGGGAACAAACUAAACAGUACGAGAAGUCAGAGAAUGACCUGAAGGCUCUACAAAGUGUUGGUCAGAUUGUUGGAGAAGUGCUGAAACAGCUAACUGAGGAGAAAUUCAUUGUCAAGGCGACCAAUGGGCCACGAUAUGUGGUUGGAUGCCGCAGACAGUUGGACAAGUCCCAGCUCAAGCCAGGCACCAGAGUGGCUUUGGACAUGACUACACUCACUAUAAUGAGGUACCUACCCAGAGAAGUAGAUCCUCUGGUGUACAACAUGUCCCACGAGGACCCUGGCAGUGUCUCCUACUCUGAGAUUGGAGGCUUGUCUGAACAGAUCCGUGAGCUGAGAGAGGUAAUUGAGUUGCCUCUUACCAACCCUGAGUUAUUCCAGAGAGUGGGGAUAAUCCCUCCCAAAGGCUGCCUACUGUAUGGUCCUCCAGGCACUGGGAAGACUCUUCUUGCGAGAGCAGUAGCCAGUCAGCUGGACUGUAAUUUCCUCAAAGUGGUGUCCAGCUCCAUUGUGGACAAAUACAUUGGUGAAAGUGCCAGGUUGAUCAGAGAAAUGUUCAAUUAUGCCAGGGACCACCAGCCAUGCAUCAUCUUUAUGGAUGAGAUUGACGCCAUUGGUGGCCGCCGGUUUUCUGAGGGAACCUCUGCAGAUAGAGAGAUCCAGAGGACUCUCAUGGAGCUGCUGAACCAGAUGGAUGGCUUUGACACACUGCACAGAGUCAAGAUGAUAAUGGCCACCAACAGACCUGAUACUCUGGACCCUGCGCUACUGCGGCCUGGCAGACUGGAUCGUAAAAUCCACAUUGAACUGCCAAAUGAACAGGCUCGUCUAGACAUCCUCAAGAUCCACUCCAGUCCCAUCACCAAGCACGGGGAAAUAGAUUUUGAAGCCAUCGUGAAGCUGUCAGACGGCUUCAAUGGAGCUGAUCUGAGAAACGUGUGCACAGAAGCAGGUUUGUUUGCCAUCCGCGCUGACCGUGAGUAUGUCACUCAAGAAGACUUCAUGAAAGCUGUACGGAAGGUGGCUGAUUCAAAGAAACUGGAGUCCAAGCUGGAUUACAAGCCUGUAUAAAUUCUCCUCUCUACCUGAUGUUUUUGUUUAUAGCAUUGUUUUGGGUUUGCUGUGUUCUGUGCUUCUUGGCCAGAAACCUGUGAGUUGAUGUUUAUGGGAAACAACAAGGAAGAAUAAAGUUUUUAGUCACAAACAAGUGACUUCCAACAGUAACCUUUGUUUCCACUUGUUGGCCUGAUCCACCUCAGUGAGAGACUGAUCAGUCCUACGUCACCAGACCUUUUACAACAUCACUUGUACUGAAAUAUACCAUUAUAAGGACACAGUCUUUGUUUGUUCCAUUAUUACCCUGGUUGAAAAUAAUUUUACACUUGUUAUGCUCCAAGCUUUUUUUCAGGCUUUUCAGCUAAUGUGGUCCUUAUCAACAGAUGACAGUUUGAUUGGCGGUUUAGAAGAAUCAGCCUACGUGUUGGUCAUGUAGACAGAAACUGCUAUCAGAAACAAAUAGAAAGUACCCUGAUACAACUUGCUGAGUGUAGACUUCCUGUAUCUGUCCCUAUAAAGAGCCUUAACGUCUGCUCUUCUUUUGAUCUGACUGUUUCCAUCUGUCAAACAUUUACCAAUAAAACAAGAAUUACUAUUAAAUAA